AUGUUCAUGAGAGAUCAUGUGACAAACAAAAUGGCGACUUCUUCAGAUGCAUCUCCAGUUCGUCCGUCUUCAGCUCCAAGUUAUUCGGCGUCGCACCCAGAUGGAGACGCUAUAUUUUAUGAAAUAUCACCAACAAAAAUUUUAUUCACCAGGAUGUUCAACGUGGUGGUUUGUCUGAUGGUUGUGAUUUCCUUUAUUUUGUGUCUGGUGCAGGCAGUAGGACACACUCCCUACUAUCUUCUCGCAUGUAACAUUGUCAUUAGUGCCUUUGUUGGAAUAGUUAUUAACUGGUGGUACAGAGGUGGUGCAUUGGGAUCAGAAAAAUACUGGUACAUCAUCCUCGUGGGUUUCAUCAUCGUCUUUCAGUGCGUCACCACGGACAUCUUCAUUUUCCACGUGAGCCCAACGACCAUGAUACCGCUGUCAACCGCCACACCACUUAACUUCAGCACCACCCACCACACGGUGUGAUCUACUUCAUAUGUCACCAGUAGGGAAGCUUUGACAGACGGUGGAAGUGAGAAUCAUUCCUGUUGGCAGUGAUUGACCUAUCAUCUACUUCAAUACAUAUCUGUGCAUGUUGAUGUACUGACUGUAGUGACCUAUCAUCUACAUCAGUGCAGGUUGAUGUACAUAUUAUAGUGACCUAUCAUAUCUUUCUGUACAUGAUUGUGUACUGAUUGUUGUGGCCUAUCAUCUACAGGUUCAUGUACAUACCAUAUGUGUAUACAUGUUGAUGUACUGACAUAGUGACCUAUCAUCUACUUCAGUACGGGCUAAUGUUCAUACUGUAGUAACCUAUCAUAUAUUUAUGUUCAUGUUUAUGUACCGAUUAUAGUGGCCUAUCAUCUACUUCAGUAUAGGUUCAUGUACAUGUACAUAUUGUAGUGGCCUAUUAUAUCUGUUUACAUGUUGAUGUACUGAUUGUAGUGACCUAUCAUCUACUUCUGUACAUACUGUGGUGACUUAUCAUAUUUUUCGGUUUGUUAUGUACAGAUUGUAUUGACCUAUCAUCUACGUCAUUACAUGCUGAUAUACAGAAUGCAUUGACCUAUCAUCUCCAUGUGUUUCAAUAUUAUAUAGGUGGAGAAAAAAGUACCAUUUUGAUAGUAUUAUGCCUGAUGGUUGUGAUACCAACUGUCGGGUGUAGCAGUGCAGUGUAGCAUAUUUUAUGUGGUCUGUGUGAAUAUUAAUACAUUGUUAAAUGAACCUUUUUCAUCUGUAAGACAAUUUUUAUAUUUAUGCUAAUCAUGCAUGUUAUUUGUAUAUAGGUCAUCAUAAUACUAAUAUAGUUUUCAGGUUUUCAUUCCAGGUACUUUCAUAAUCAUAUUUUGAUUAUUAUACCAUUUAAAAGACAUUUGAUCAACUUACCAGACGUUUUCAUCACAAAUGGGUAAUAGGUGCAGUUCGGUUGUUUUUAGCCACCUAAGCAAAAAUACAUUGGGCUACAAAUGUGUGUAUAUUGUAUAUAUUUUUUAUAUAAGUUUAGCAACUACUACUAUAAUUGAAAACAAUUAGCGUUUAGGUUAGCGGAGUAACCAGGCGCUUGUGCUGGAGUUUCUAGACACGCGACCGAAGUUUAUAGAGAGGCGUCGAUUCAUGCUCCCCCAGGAAAAUAUAUUGAGAAAAAAGAAACAUCGCUCGAGCUAGGAGGGUUUCGACCCCCAGAAUUCUCCCUGCUGCUCACGCGCCUGGUAACUGAUUAGAAUAAAUGUAUACAUGCUAUAUCUGUGAUAUUGUGUAUCGGCAGAAGACCCUUGCUUUAUCUUGGAUGCCGUAAUGGGUGUGCAGCCAUACUAUAUCACAUUACACACUCCGAUUACGUCCAUAUUGGGCCUACAUAUUAUGUUAUGAGCUAUAAUGUGAAGGGGCGGAUCUAAAUGGUGGGUGUUGUGGGUACAUAGGCACGGCGAAAUUAAGUAGACAAUUGGGGGAGGGGGGGGGGCUGGGGCUGACUGUGACCGAUGGUGCAAUUUAAGUUUCUAGGGGGUGCGAGGGUAUGCUCCCCGUAAAACUUUGAAAACUAGAUGUCCUGAAAUGCAUUCUACCAGCACAUUUCAUUUCUGCCUUAAGAUUUACUACCAGUCAUAUUUUUUAUUCAGAAUUAUUGGGCUGGAACGCACACACUUCUCUCGCCACUUCCUACUCGGCCGUGCCUGGCACACCACUAUCCUGAAGUUCAAAGUGCCUUGAAAAUCCAGAUUAUUAACGUAUAAAUUCAACUGUGGCGAGCGAACUUUAAUGGGAUGGGGUCGAGUUGUGCACCCCCAAAAAAUAUAUUGAGGAAAAUGUAAAUCUAUAGUAAUUGUAUUCCUCGUUUCUUCGGGAAGGUUACCCUUAUAAGUGCAACUUUCUUACAGUGCACUCCACGCUAGAAACAAACCUUGCAUCCGCCACUGAAGUUAAUGUGAUAUUGUAUAAAGUUAUAUUUGUAUUCUAUGCUAUGUUUCAUUAUAAAUAUUGGAUUUAAAA